AGUAUCUCUUCCUUAGAAAUCCUCUGCAUCUCAAUCUCACUCUUUCCCUCUCAAAUAGAAACUAUGGAAGAGCUUCAUUCAGUUUUCGUAUACCAACAGGAAGAGAGAGAGCAUGAACAACCACAAAAACUCAUAGACACAAUUCUUGAACUAGAAGCAAUGAAAAAGAUGAAUAGAGAACUCCACAAUCAACUCAAAAUAGCUUAUCAAGAAAGAGAUGAAGCUAGAGAUCAGCUACAAAAACUAAUCAACAAGUUUUGUCCAAUUGAUUUCCACCAAGAACACCCUUUCAUGUUUCAUUCAUCGAAACCGAAUUCGAGUAUAACCGAAUCUAGUACUCUUUCUUACAGUUCGCCUUCGUCGGUAGAUUCGUUCUUUGAAACUCCUUCUUCAUCUAUGUUUUCAAACACUAGUAUGGGAUAUAUCAAUCAUCAUCCAAAUCAAGGUUUUAAUUAUGUGAUGGAACCUAUUGAAGAACAAGUUCAUGAUUUUGGAAGUGAGUAUAUAGAUUCUAUUGCUAAGGAAAGAGUUUUGCCUCAAAAGGGUAAGCUUUUGAGAGCUGUGAUUGAUGCUGGUCCUUUGCUUCAAACUAUUUUGCUUGAAGGAUCACUUCCUAGGUGGAGAAAUCCACCACAUUUGCAAGACAUUAAUAAUGUUAAUGUUGGUUCGACUUCUUCAUUGCUUGACCUUGCUGAUAAUCAUCUUCUUGGAUCGUCUAACAAUUCUCUGAAGUAUAGUUCUGAUUCGAGUUAUAAUUCUAGUUUCAAUCAUGUCAAUUCAAAGAAACAUCGGAGACAUCAAUAAUUUUGAUGAAUUUUCUCCCAAUAAAAAUUUUCUUAUUUUUUUAAUGGUUUCUAGUUUGGCACGUCGUAUUCUUUUUUUUUAGUUUAUUAUUCGAAGUUUCACUUAUAUGUGAAAUGUCUUAGAUUCAAAAUUUCACUUCUAUGUGAAAUGUCGUAGAUUCAAAAUUAAAGUUCUGCAAUUAGAUGUUUAAUUAUGUAAGAUACCAACUGAAUUGUUGAGUUGUUUUAAUAGGA